AUCAGAUCAUCGACGUGCAUCAUCUCUCACUAAAGCUGUCGGACUCAUUGGAUCGGAUUUAAUCUGUUAUCAUUCAUGAACUCGCUGGAUGAGAAACAUUAUUUAAAGUGAAGCUGAAGGCUCUUGAGUGAUGAUGUCACAGUGAUGUCACACACCUAAAGUAAAGGCCUGUCACCAACAAUAUGGAGUCUGCAGAGAGACUGGAACCCUCGACCCCUGGUCAGACCCCCAUCAGAUCCAAAGGGAAGCCCAGAGACUCCUCAUCAACAGCAAACAAUAAGAAAGGGCAUUUGUUUGGAAUGCUUGGCAAUCAAGGCUUGGGAGUUUCUUCGGUUUCUGGGGUUUUUCCCAUGAUGCAUCACUCCUCUGCUUCUGUCCGAUCUGAGUUUGGAGGCCUGGGAACUCUGGGGAUGUCCGUGGCUCUUUCCGCUCGCUCUCAUCUGGGAGCUUUACCAGAUUGGUGGCGUACUGCCGAUGCUCAGGGUCAAGGGUCAGCUGUUUUAUUUCCUCAUCUUCUGGGUCUGCCAGCAUUGUUUAGCAUGCCGUCACUAAACCAAGAGCAGAAUCUCAUCCAGUCCAGAGCUGCCAGUAAGGACACAUUUACUCCUGCUCAAGGACUGAAUGGUUCGGUCAAUGGAAAAGGAAAGUCAAGCCCGGUCUCCUCCGCACCCUCUCCAGUCCUCACCGCUUCAGAUCAAACCAGAAUCCCAAAACCAGCCGUAAACCACCUGAAGGACAGGACCAGACUCAAGACUAAAGGGAAGCUUUGCAGAAAACUGCCAGUUGUUUCCUUCAAGACUGACAGCCAAUCACCAUCAAACAACCUUAUCCACGACAGCCAAUCGGCAUCCACCUCUGACAGCUCGAGUGAAGCUCUACACAGCUCUGACUCCGAUGACUUGGAGGAUGACGAUGAUGACGAUGAUGAUGAUCAGACUGAUGAUAGUGUGGAAUCUGAAUGUGCAAAAGAUCUAAGAGGGAUGAAGAAGGGGGAAAUGCAGACAGAAACAAAGAAGAAUCAUCAUUCACCAGUGUUGGAUGCCAGGGACCGUCUUUCUUUCAACUCAACACACAUGGAAUCAAACCCUCUGCUCUUCCAGGUCUUCAGACCUUCACACGUCCCCGGCAAACACACCAGUGUGAUCCAGGCUACGGGUUUACCAACCAGCACAAAUCCACUUGGACUUGUCACACAGUCGUUCAAAGACCGGGACGUCCCGUCGCCUACAUUGCUCUCUCACUCCUCUCCAAAACCCGUUUCUGUCACCCCAUCACCAAACCCUCUCUCACUCUCUUCCUCUCCAAAAUCUUCUUCUCUCACCCCAUCACCGAAGUGUCACUCAGUCUCUUCUUCUCCCGUACCGGCCUCUCGGUCACCCUCCUCAAGAGCCCCGUCUCUCCAGUCGGAUAACAUCAAAUCAGGCAGGAAUUACCUCGACGAGACCCUCUUGAACUUCAGCAAACUCAGACAGUCAUUUCUACCUCAGGAGCCCAUGAAGCAAGCCUUAUCCUCAGCACUCAGAGGUGCACAGACGAAAAUCUCAUCACCAUCUUUCAGUCAGACUCUUGAAUCACAGAACAGUCAGAAAUCGUUCUUCAACCAUCUCUUCCUCCCAUUACUUCCUAUGGAGAGCCACCAUCCCAACGGCGUUCAGGACGCUCCUCUGGCCCUUAUAACCAAACCUCGAUCGCAAAACUCUCGCACCCCUGAAAAACCUCUACUGGCCGUCAACAGCCCCGUCAACCUCAGCACGACGGGGACCUGGCAGACCUCGACAGAACCCGUGGAAAUGGGUCGGACCUUCACCUCGUCUGCUUUAACCUCAGCAGCUAGCGGUGGAAACGGUUGUAAAUCAGGGAGGGGAGAGGUUAAGAGAGGGAGGGAGACGCCAAUGGGUCAAUUCAGAGGGGCGGAGUCAGAUCUCGCCAGCAGUAAUGACUCUGAAGACUCAUUAAUGGACGAGGAAAAUGAUGUUACAAACGACAGUCUGUCAGAUUCAGACAGUAAUUUAGACAGCGAUUCUGACGAUGAAGAUGAUGCCAAACAUGAAGAUGUGGACUCAGAUAUGGAAGUUGAAAGAAUGCCUCUCAAACCCUUUUCAUCUUCGCUAGACACAUCAUUAGGCCGGACCACCAGCCCCGUCCCUCUCAAUCUACAGGUCCACAAGACCCCUGCUGUAGGAGUGCCUACUAUUGUGAGCACCAUUAGAGAACCAACCAAUCACAACUCAACCCUCACCUCUGACAGUGUGGCCACACCCCCAGGGAAAAGAAGAAGAGUCACGGAUGAGACUGCGCUUCGGAAACCUCUGGAAUAUGGAUGGCAGAGAGAGACGCGCAUCACAAACACAUGUGGACGGUUACGGGGGGUGGUGGCGUAUUACGCUCCAUGCGGCAGGAAGAUCAAACAGUAUCCUGACGUUAUGAAGUAUCUGUCCAAACAUGGAAUCAGUGACAUCACUCGCGAUCAUUUUUGCUUCAGUGCUAAAAUAAAGGUUGGCGACUUUUAUGAAGCCAGAGAUGGACCUCAGGGGGCGCAGUGGUACUUGCUGAAGGAGGAGGAGGUCGUCAGUCGUAUCCUGGCGAUGGAAGGUCGACGGGGUCGUCCCAGGAACCCCGAGCGCUCGGAUGUCCCCGCUGUUAGCCCGUCUCACUCCAGCAGGAGAGUCUGUGGGGUUGAUGAGAGUAAAGCUGAUGGUCUCAGUGUCUCAGAGGUCAAACUGCUGCGCAGACUGGAGGCUCAGGAAAUAGCACGGCAAGCAGCUCAGAUGAAGCUGAUUCGUAAACUGGAGAAACAGGCGCUGGCACGGGCAGCUAAAGAGGCCCGGAGACAACAGGCCAUCAUGCAGGCAGAAGAGAGAAAGAAACAGAAAGAACACAUGAAGGUUUUGAAACAGCAGGAGAAGAUCAAAAGAAUCCAGCAGAUCCGUAUGGAGAAGGAGUUCCGUGCUCAGCAAAUCCUGGAGGCAAAACGAAAGAGGAAGGAAGAAGCUGCCAAUGCCAGGAUGCUAGAAGCCGAGAAACGAAUGAAGGAGAAGGAGUUGCGCAGACAGCAGGCCGUCAUUCUAAAGCUCCAGGAGUUGGAGAGACAUAGACUAGAUAUGGAACGCGAGAGGCAUCGGCAGCAUGUGAUGCUGAUGAAGACGAUGGAGGCCAGAAAGAAAGCUGAGGAGAAGGAGCGUGUGAAGCAGGAGAAACGAGAUGAGAAGAGGAUAAAUAAGCAGCGCAGACAGGAGCUCAGACGGCUGGAGCUGGAGAUGAGCAGAGAGCUCAACAAACCCAAUGAAGACAUGUGUCUGUCUGAUCACGAGCCUCUACCAGCGCUGUCACGGAUUCCAGGUCUCGUCUUGCCGGGAGUAUGUUUUGCAGACUGUCUGAUGGUGAUGCAGUUCCUCCGUUGUUUUGGGAAGGUUCUGGGUUUUGACAUCAGCGCUGAAGUGCCGUCACUCGCUGUGCUCCAGGCCGGGCUGCUGAACGUAGGAGACCACAUGACCCUCAUCCAAGACCUGCUGGUGCGGAUGCUGUCUGCAGCUUUAUGUGACCCCGGACUCCCUCCUGGAUACAGGGUUAAGACGGCUCUUGGAGACCAUGUGACUAAUGUCAGACUCGAUCGGGACAAUGUUUCAGAGGUGCUACAGAUUUAUAUGGAGGCUCAGUGUGGACAGACGGAUUUCGCACCGUUAGCCGAGAGCUUGAAGACCAAAGCUUUCCAAGCACACACACCCUCACAGAAAGCUUCUAUACUGGCCUUCCUGGCCAAUGAGCUGACCUGCAGCAAGAGUGUCAUCAGUGAGAUAGACCGAAACAUUGACAGUAUGACCAGCCUGCGACGAGAAAAGUGGUUAGUCGAGGGAAACCUGCGAAAGUUGAAGAGAGUUCACUCUAAGAGGACAGGAAAGAGAGAAAGUAACGGAGGGUUGGAAGAGCGUCAGACUCUCAACACGCCUGCCACGGGACGCAAACGCAAGCGCAAAUCUGGUGAGAGCGAAGAUGAUGAUGAAGAGGAAGAUGAGGACAGUGAGGAGCAGGGAGAAGAUGAUGAAGAGGAUUAUGGAGGGAAGAGAGGAAAGAAAGCCGAUGCGUGUGAAGAGGAGGAGGAAUGCAAUCAAACCUCAAGUAUUGAAGAGCUAGAAAAACAGAUCGAGAAGCUGAGCAAGCAACAGAGUCAGGUCCGCCGGAAGCUGUUUGAAGUGUCUCACUCGCUUGGCUCUGUGAUGUUCGGUCAGGACCGGUACAAACGCCGAUACUGGGUGCUGCCUCAAUGUGGAGGGGUGUUUGUGGAAGCCACGGAGAGAAGCGAGGGUCCGGAGGAGUUGCAGAGAGAGAGGGAGAGGUUGAAGACCACUUCUCUCAUCCAAGUGAAAGAAGAACGGUUGGAGACGCCCAAAGAAAGCCGUUUAAACGCACAGCCUGAUGUGAAACAUGAACCCGCCUCUCUAAAUGAAGUGGAUUCUCUCAACCUGUUCCUGCAGAAACCCGGCUCCUUUUCCAAGCUCGGCAAGCUGCUGGAGGUGGCCAUGAUGUCGGAUGAGACGAAACAGACUGCAUUACCCAGCAGCCCCGCUUCAGUUCCCAGCACCUACCUCAGGCAUGCCAACCAGCAGCUCCACAAGGUUCUGACCGGGAGGAAUUCUCAUUGGUUCAGUCUGCUGCCGCGCUAUCCGUGUGACGGCUCGUCUCUGACGGAGGGUCCCGCGACUCUUCCUCUCUCAACAUCUUCAUCUUCCUCACCUCAAACCUCUAGUGGUUGGGUCCCAUGCCCGUCCGCCACAUCUCCUGCUGUCUCAGGACCCAACAGCGCUGCGAGCAUCAGUAACUCUUCAUUAAUGCCACUGCGGAUGAAGUCGUGCAUGUCUGUGAUGGAUCUGCCUUUCUGUUCAUGGUCCAAUGGGAACGUUUCCUCCUCUGGGGUCUCCAUGGCCCCCAUUCUCGGUGGUCUUUAUCCACCCACUGAGGUCAGCAGAGAUGUUAACCCCUUCUUGAACACCAGGAGGCGCGAUUCCCCUACAUCUCCUGGAGUGAAUCCACUGUCCACACCAUCACCAGCUAUUGAGAUGUCUAAACAUCAGGAUUACCCAUUACCUCAUCCUGUUCCUAAGGAGAUGCUGAGCGGCUGGUGGAGGGUGACAGACAUCGGUGAGUUGCGUUCGAUAGAGAAAGCGUGUCAUUCCCGUGGGAUCCGGGAGAGAGCCCUGCAGAAACAGCUUCAGAAACACAUGGUUUAUAUCUCUCAGCUCUGUGCGAAGAACAGAGAUGUGACUGUCAUCGAAUCCUCUGAGCUGGAGAAGCAUCAGAUCUCUGAGGAGACCGUCUACAGCUGGUGUGUGGAUGAACAGGUCAUGGACGUAGACAUCGGUGUCCUGCAGCAGGUCGAGGAGCUCGAACUUAGAGUCACUUCUGCCAACCUGCAGGUCAAGGGCUGGAUGCCCCCAGCAGCACAAUCACACAGUGAACACCUGGUGUACCACGAGCACAAACCUGUCAUAGAGAACAACCAAUCAGAUGACAGAUCUGACCAUGGCAUCGUGCGUCGUGCAAACAACCCUCUAGAUAUAGCGGUGAUGCGUCUGGAAGAGCUGGAGAGAAACAUUGAACGAAGAUACCUGAAGAGUCCAUUAAACAGCGGUGUUCAGAUCAGAAUGAGUCACACGGGUACGGUGACCGCACCAUCUGCACCCUCACCUGCUGGAGAUGAUGAGGACGGGGUCGAGGAGGAUCUAUCUCCAGGUCUGAAACAGUGGCGUCAAGCUCUGGGUGAGGUGCGGAGCUCGAGUCAGCUCUCCAUGUGCAUCCAGCAGUUACACAAGUCUAUUGCCUGGGACAAAUUCAUCAUAAAGGUGGACUGUCAGAUAUGCAAUAUGGGGGAGAAUGAGGAUCUUCUUCUGCUGUGUGACGGUUGUGAUGGAAGCUGCCACACCUACUGUCACAAACCCAAAAUCACCGGCAUCCCAUCAGGAGACUGGUUCUGUCCAGCCUGCGUGUCCCGAGCAAACCGUCGGUCCCUGAAGAGCAGAAAGCCCUCGAACCGUUCAAGUGAAGAGCUGAAGAAACACAGCGAGGUCAAACGUGACGGAAAAGCAUCUGCGACUGGAGGAACCUCAGAGGACGAGUCGGGCCGUGCCAGCAGCUCUCCCAGUAAAGUGACAAAGGAAGCGAAAAAGAGAAAGACGGAAGAUCCAUCCACAGGCCCAGUCGAGUGUGUGAAGCAAGUCACGACAGCCAGAGACAACAGUAAAGAUGUGACCAUCUGCAGAAUUCUAUUGGCCGAGCUGGAGAGCCAUCAGGACGCCUGGCCAUUCAUGAGACCCGUCGAUCCCAAAUCUGUCCCGGGAUAUCGCAAGGUGAUCAGGAAGCCAAUGGACUUCUCCACUAUCAGAGACAAACUCACCAACAGCCAGUACCUGAAUCUUGAGACCUUCAUUAUUGAUGUGAACUUGGUGUUUGAUAACUGUGAGAGAUUCAACGAGGAUCAUUCGGACAUCGGGCGGGCGGGACACACUAUGAGACGGUUCUUUCACGGCCGCUGGACUGAACUGUUGAAGCAGAAACUCGCAUGAGAUCUCUUCUCAUCACUGUUUACAAGAAAAUGGUCAAGAUGUGAAAUAUCCAGUAGACCAGCAUUAGGCGCAGAUUCACCUCAUUCUCAAGCUGUUUCAUGUCUGCUAUGGUUCGUAGAAGAAAACAUUCACAUCCAGAACACGGAAGAUGUGAGGAAACCUUAUUUUUAGAAAUCAGUCAAGGUCCGUCAUUGAUGUAAAUACACUUUUUAUUUCUUUUUUUUAAAUAAACGUUAAUAUGAUA